AUGGAUUUAAACUUGUAUUACAACUUAGUAAAAUAUUUGUCAGAUUUACUUUUUCUAGAAUCAUCUAUGGAUGAAGAACAAAAGAAAAUAAGAAGUCAAUCAAGAUAUUUCAUAGUAAGAGAAGCAGGACACUUUGGAAUUGAGGCAACCUAUCAUAGGAUUGCUGAGAGAUAUUACUGGAACCAAAUGUAUAGUGAUAUAAGGGAAUGUGUUCGAACUUGUGAUGCAUGUCAACAUAGGGGUGGGCCUACUAAGCAUGAAUAUCUACAUCCAAUUAAAGUUGGACAACCCUUUGAGAGAUUAGGAAUGGAUAUUGUUGGACCUUUGCCUGAGACUAGGAAGGGAAACAA